AUGAAUGAUAGCCAUCCAGACAAACAUCUCAGCAGUGCAGCGUCCAUCUGUUUAUCAGUGUGGUUUUCCUUGUCAAGCUUUGUAGCUGUAACUGGAAACGCAAUCGUGUUGUGGCUGUUCUUCAAAAACGAGUCUUUACGAACAAUUUCCAACUGCUUUUUAGCUUCACUGUCCGUUGCAGACUUUUCAGUUGGGAUUUUUGUAGACCCUAUGUGGCUCGCUACCAGAUGUUGGAUUCGGCCGCCGCUUCACUCCUUGUUGAUGGAAGUUAUAAAAGUAUUGUGGAUUCACACAUCCGCCGCCACUACUUUCAACAUUUGCUGUGUUUCUGUCGACCGGUUUAUUGCCAUUCGGUUUCCUUUCCGUUAUCAGGACAUAGUAACCAAGAAAAGAUGUUAUGCGGUCAUCAUUUUGGUUUGGUUUAGUUCACUGGGGCUUUCUUUUUUAACAUUUUUCCUAGAUAGUUCAAAAAAAGCGAUGAUAUUUUAUUUAACAUGCAUUAUCUAUACUACAUCAUUAUUUGUUGUCUCUUUUUGCUAUGUUAGUAUUUUCAAGGCUGCCAGAAAACAGUUCAAACGAAUAAUCGCCCAGGAAAAUCCCCGAAAAUGCGACGAAAAUAUUAGAGUUCUUGCUGUGCACAAUUUUAAAGCUAUCAAAACAGUAGGUUUUGUUUUGGGUGCUUGUAUAUUCACGUGGAUGCCCAGUUUAGUUCUGAUUAUAGUGGGCUGUUAUCACCUCCUAACAGAAGACGAGAGUGAAAUGCUUGAAUUGUUUCUUGUUGCAUGGCCCUGGGUUGACGCAAUCGCUUUUACAUCGUCAGCGAUUAACCCACUGAUAUAUUUUUUCCGAAAUGGCGACUUUCGUCGAGCCUGUCGUCGUGCGUUCCAAUGGCUUCCCUGUCUUCAUUCGGAUAUCUCACCAGAAAUUGGUUUACAUCGGAAAGAAACCAAAAUGACCGAAUAACACGAAAUAGUGAGACGAAUGGCAACUUGGCAAGUCAAGAAAAAAGGGAAUGAAGGAAAUUCAAACGGAACAGUGCUCCACUUAAUUAGAAACCUGGUCGACCUAUAUAAACAUAACGG